UCUUCCAUCUUCUUCUCUUUGCUCCUUUCAUGGUAAUGAUUCCUUUGCUGCUUUCUCCCUCUUCUGAUAUGAACACUUUUCCCAAGUCCUCACACCAAAACAAAAAACAUUCAGAAGUUUAGAAAAUUGGAAAAACAAUUUUAAAAAUAAAAAAUAAAAAAGAAAACCCAAACAAAGAAAAAUCAUCACCCACUCCCCCUCCCCCCCUCCUCCACCCACCCACCUACACCUGUUUUUAGCCUGCAAAAUUGCAUCUUUCUUUUGCCCUCUGCUUAUGUUUAAAAAUCUGUAACCCUUCUGAAUAGUCUCAGAAAGUUUUCUUGUCUCGGAUCCCAAUAUAUACACACAGAGAAUAUAUAUAUAUAUAUAUUUUUUUCAUUUUUCCCUUCUCUUUUUUGGUUUUCUUGAGUGUGUAUAUAUUUACAAAAGGGGUUUGAUUUGUUGUGGUCCUAGCAUCCAAAACAACUCACUUUUUCUUUUUUGUGCUUUCCCUGCAAACCCACCCUUUUGCUGUUCUUGAUUAAGGACUGGGGAAAUAGUCUUGUGAUUUUUGAGGCGAGGAAAUGCAAGAAGAAGGGGUGGGGUUGAUGGGUUCUGGUGGCGGCGGCGGCGGCGGGGGGUUGGGGUUAGGGGAUAUUUCAUCUUCGAUGGCGGCGGCGUGCGGCGAGCAGCAGCGGCGGUUGAAGGCGGAGAUGGCGACACACCCGCUGUACGAGCAGCUGCUGGCGGCCCACGUGGCAUGCCUCCGUGUGGCCACGCCUAUUGAUCAGCUCCCCCUUAUUGAUGCUCAGCUCUCUCACUCUCAUCAUCUCUUGCGCUCUUACGCUUCCAACCACUCUCCCUCUCUUUCCCCCCAUGAAAGACAAGAGCUUGACAACUUCUUGGCACAGUACUUGUUAGUUUUAUGUUCAUUUAAAGAGCAGCUUCAGCAACAUGUCAGAGUCCAUGCUGUUGAAGCAGUGAUGGCCUGCCGUGAAAUUGAGCAGAACUUACAAGCUCUGACUGGAGCAAGUCUUGGUGAAGGAACAGGUGCAACAAUGUCAGAUGAUGAAGAUGAGCUAGCGAUGCAGAUGGAUUUCUCUUUGGACCAAUCUGCAGGAGGUGAUGGGGGGCAUGACUUGAUGGGAUUUGGUCUCCCCACUGAAUCUGAAAGGUCUCUAAUGGAGAGGGUUCGACAGGAACUCAAGAUUGAGUUAAAACAGGGAUUCAGGUCAAGAAUUGAAGAUGUGAGGGAGGAGAUAUUAAGAAAGAGAAGGGCAGGGAAAUUGCCCGGUGACACUACCACUGUUCUCAAGAACUGGUGGCAGCAACACUCCAAGUGGCCAUACCCAACUGAAGAUGACAAGGCAAAGCUAGUGGAGGAGACAGGGUUGCAGCUGAAGCAAAUAAACAACUGGUUCAUCAACCAAAGGAAGCGCAACUGGCACAGCACCUCCCAGUCAGUCACAUCUCUCAAGUCCAAGCGCAAGAGAUAAGAUCAGAUCAGAUCCAAUUCGAUCAAACCAUUUCUUCCCAUCCAAACCAUAGAUUGAUAUAGACGAUAUUGAUCUUAAAUUAGAUAGCAGCUUAGCUACCUUGCAACAAGCCUGAUAUGUGGAUAGUCAUCGAUUCGAUCUGCAGGCAUGGAAACCAUUAUAUUAAUUGGAUAACGUACGUAUUACUCAUCAAGAUUAGGUAAGAAUGAAUAUAUGUGUACUUUAAUUUUGUGGUGCUUAGUAGAAUGCCUGCAAAUUUCUCUAUGGACACUCAACUCUAACCCCAGCCUUGUGGUCUGAGAACUUUCCCUGUUACCAUAUGGCAAAUCAUUAUAUUCUAUUUUGAGGUAAGAGGGAGGAGUAUACACUGAUCCAGUAAAUGUAAUCACUUUAUACUGCUAACUUUGUGCUUUUUGGAGUGAUAUAUAUACAUAUAUAUAUGUGAAAUUGGGAAACAAGUUGUAUUGUAA